AUGCUCCUCGGGAACUUGCUUAUUCUUGCAUCCGCCGCUUUAGGCGCCGUCGUUCAAUACGACGACACUCAAUAUGACGCUGCUGAGUACGAUGAAGGCAUUCAAUACGACGCCGCCGAGUACGACAGCAUUCAGUACGACGACACGCAAUCCAUCGCACGACCAGCAGGAGAGAUCUAUCACGCCGAGCGGUGUAAUAAUCCAGCUGUAUUUAUCUCUUACUGGUGUCGCCCGCUUGAUAGAUCGUUCAAGUCAAUCAAGGUGAAUCAAGGUUAUCGUUGCGUCCUUUAUUGGCGGUGCAAUAUCCGCAAGGCCCAGAGUACCUAUAGCCCGUGUGUUGAUAUCGCUAGAUUGGGGUUCUUUCGGGCAAAUUACAGAGCCAAGAAGUUCGACGGAAUCCCGUUUCGGAAUGAGCCGAGCCUGACAGGGCGGACAGGGAUACAGCUGCUGGAGAUAGGUAAUGGAGAGACAGCAACUCGAACUACAGAAUGA